AUGCCUCUUAUUAGCGAAAUGCCCCGGGGAAGAGAGGCGGUUGAAACGUUUUCUGAUCCCUCACCUCUGCUACUCGCCAAACGAACGGAAGGCGUAAGUCUCAGUUCUGAGCAGGAUCAGAUUGAGGGUCAGGAUCGUCAUCGCGGGUACGAUCACCAACACUUUGAGGAGUUCGACCAGGACGAGUGUUUGGAUAGCGAUAUGGAAGGCUCGAUAUUGCAUCGGCCCAGGCCGAAGAAGGUAGUCAAGACUCCAGUUCUGCCACAGAGGAGCGAGAAGAGAACUUCAAAAAUCUUAGACAAUGUCUUGCUGGAACUGAAGAAUAUCAAUGGCUCUUUGGCGAAGGAGAAUGAUAUUUCCAGGCUGGACCAGGAGGAUCCUCACGAAUUGUAUCUGUCCAGCGAGGAAGACGCUUCACUAUCAGACGACUACGAAGAUACCGAUUCAUUACUGGAUUUCGAAGAGACAUAUUCGGAAGACGAGAAUGGAGGAUCGUCAUCUCGAGCUUCAAGUAGGAGGUCAGAAGAGAUCACAGCGACAGCGGUAUCGUUCAUGGUUGUCAAGCCUCACAUAGUCGAAAUCCACAUCCCAUCCAACCACACCGCACCAGUCACACCGGCAGAUGAGAAGCCCGACUCAAUGGAUGCUGCUCUCCCCACCAUCACCACCAAAGCACCAUCUCCAGCUCCUCAGGUACGACCAGCGAUGCGGAGACCACCACCGCUCAACCUGCACAAUGCCCGUCCAAUGUCUAUGGCCACAACAAGCUCUUACAUCCCCUCCACUUACACACCCGCCAUGACCACCAACGCCUCAAUGGUAAAUCUUUCUACAACAGGCUCAGUAUUCAACUCAGCUCGCAAAUCCUCCCGUCUCGCCUCCCUCGUAACAUCCACCAAAGCCAGUCUCUCCGCCCGCACAUCCUCCUUCUCAGCAAGCAGCACGCACUCGUUCCUCGACUCAGAUCCCUUCGCCCAAUCAAGCACACACACAAAUCCACCUCUCACACCCACGGACAUGUACACGCCCAUCACACCCAAAACACCAACCAGCCAGUCAGCGUGGAAGAAAUCCAUCUCGCGGACACUGUCCAAAGCCGCACGCAAGCCAAGUCUUCAAAAGAUCAAUCUCGCGUAUAACACCUCCCUCUCAAACACCAAUACCAAUUUCCAACGAGCGUCCACAAUGUCCAGCUCCACAAUGCCGCCCCUCUCUCGAAUAACAUCCAAUCCCGAACCCACAACACCCAAACUCCUCGACGACAAUAAGUCGUUCGACUCGAAUACGGAACCCAGCGAAAGGAUAAUUGAAGUACCCGUCCGCCGCGCAGAGACUAUGCCAGUGACGCCCAGCCCCAGAGAAGCACCAAUGCAAUAUCAGGAGCUGAUGAAGAACCGUGUGCCGCCUCCUAUCCCGGAAAACACUGCACAACAGCAGCCAAGAGAGGGCAGGAAAAGCUUCAGUCUGGGCAUGGGGCUGGGCAGGAAGAAGAGUCUGAAGAGAUGA